AUGAGUAUAAAAUACAUCACCAAAGCCAAUAAGGAGCUAUUUGUGCCCAUCAUACGAGAACUAUCAGAUCAAACAAGCAAGAAGUUUGACCAUAACAGCAAAACGUAUGAGGAAUUGAAUGAUUGGAAAGAUCAUGAGUUGCUUGACGCUGUAGCCAACCGAUAUUCCAACUCCAACAGGGCCACUACAUACAUCACCAAAGACGAACUUGUCAACCUAAUGGACUGGAAACUAAACAUUGGCACAUUCCGACCCUCGUUGCCAAAACUUAUUCGAUCUAAUGACGAAGAGCAAGUAGAAGAUGCAACCAAAGUGGGAUUCAAGAUAUUGCUCGACUAUUUCAAUAGCCUCCCUACUGAUUUCUGGUCAAUCGCCACUGAUGAAGAACUCGACAAGUACAAAAAGGUCAUACGGCAAGCAAUGAAGGAAUUGUGUAAAUUAAAGGGUGUUGGCCCUGCAACUAGUAGUCUUAUCAUGACAUGUCUUUACAAUAUCCAACCCAAAUACACCCCACCAUUCUUUAGUGAUGAAAGCUUCAUGUACUAUGUACUUGAUCCAACCAAGCCGGGUCAAAAGAUCAAAUAUAGCGUCAAGGAGUAUGUAGAAGAGCUAUUACUGGUUUAUUUCAAACUAUUAAAGAGUGAUCCAGAGGUUACAUUCGUCGAAUUGGAAAGAGGUGGAUGGACAAUCAAGUAUUUCAGUUUAUACCAUGAUGAUAAAUUGAUUGAUAUCAAGUCACCCUAUACAAAUGAUGAAGAAUGGGAAACGUUUAAAGUAGACGUCGAGGUGGAUUCAUUAGAGCCACCAAAAAAGAAGAGAAAAAAAUCCACCUAG